ACUUAAAAGUAGUUGGGGAUGGCGAGGACGAGGCAGUGUGAGCUUAGCCGUCGUCAGGACUCGGAGUGUGAUUAGCCCGCGUGCGUGUAGUGUGUAGAAUACCAUGGCUGCCUCUUCCUCUUGUCUCUUCGUCGCCCUCGCCCUCUGCCUCGUCGGGUCGUCGUGGGGGGAGGUGCACGAGAUCCCCGUCAGGAGCUGUGAUGGAGCCACAGCGCCAAGCAGCCUGAAGAUGGAAUGCACACAGUAUCUCCGUGGGACUUGCAUACUCGAGAAAGGGCAAACAUACAACCUCACAGCUGAGUUCACGCCAGACCGAAACCUCCGGGAGGUGAAGAGCCACGCAGCCUGGAAGACGUGGGUCGAGAUGCCCCUGUACGGGCAGGAGAGCCAAGUCUGCAACGGCGUGUACCUGACCUGCCCUUUGCGCUCAGGUCAGCCAACGAGGUUCUCAUACCCGUUCCACGUCCACGAGUUCCUGAUGAGGCGGCGAUACCCCGUCAUCUGGCGACUGAGGGACGUGGACAGCGAAGACACAACGCUGUGUUUCGUCUUCAAUGUUAAAAUCUUGUAAGGAAAACACACAACACAACACCACACACACACACACACAACACAACACACACACACACACACACACACACACACACACACACACACACACACACACACACACACACACACACACACACACACACACACACAUACACACACAAACACAGCAUAAGAAUGUUAACAAAAUAUAACCGGUGAGGAGAAUAGAGCAGUCAUUGCGAAGUCAAAGAAAAAGACAGAAAAAAGAUAGAUACAGCUCACGUUUUCGAGUAAAGAAAGAAGAAUAGAGAGAAAACGAAGAAGAAAAAUCGGGCAUUCAAAUACAGAAAGCAGCAUAAAGACAAAAAAGUAAACGUCACUCUGCAUUGCAACUUUUUUUUGUCGUGUCAUUUCGAAAUGUGUUUGAAUUUAACAUGAUUAAAGAAACAAGAAACUAAGAAAAUGAAAAAAUAAAUCAAAAUAAGAAAAUAAAUACCGAAAAAUGACUGACUAGUCUACGACAUAAGAUUCAAGCAUUGAAGAGAAAAGAAAACAAGAAAUGACAAUAUUGUGAAGACGAGAAGAAAACAAAUGCUUCCCAAAACAAAAGACAGAAGCGAAGCGAACGUACAAAUCAUGCACAACGAACACAUAUUAUUUAUUAACCAAACCGGUGAGGAAUUUACCGCCAAAGCAUGGUAUACGCCUGUAAUUAAACUUGUAUUUAAUAAAACUAAAAGAUGA